AAAAAAAAAAGGCAGGGGGGGCGUUUUUUUUUAUUUACGUGAUAGAAAAUUCGGAUUACAUUCGGGUUUUUUUUUUAAGUUAAGAAAAAACAAAGAAUGUUCAGGGAAAACAGGAGCUAAACUGGUUAUUAAAGGAAAAUUCCGUCUACUGCGACUCUGACUGUGAAAAAAAUAGUGAAAAUUUAGGACUGCUAGACGAAGGAAGGGACUUUCACACGAAAGCCAAAGAAAACGACAGUCUACCGCGGCCACGGUUUUAUUGGUUGAACUGUUGUAUUUUUCUCUCCCCAAAGAUAAUGAAAUCCACGUUUCUGCCACUUCAUUUGUACAUAAUCGGUGUUUAUGCUCGUAACACAUUUGGAGCAUCAUGCAGGCAUGGUGAAUAUCUAUCAAAAGCUGAAGAAUGCUGUCCAAUGUGUAAUAUAGGGUUGGUGGUUCUCGGAGACUGUACUGGUGAUUACAGUACAACAUGUGCUCCUUGUACUAAAGGAACAUUCAUGAAUGUGCGUAAUCGUCUAACAAGUUGUUUUCUAUGUAAAACCUGUGACAGAGGGCUUUACAUUUUGCAAAACUGUAGCACAAUAAAGGACACAGUCUGUGAGGUCUUGGAUGGGUAUUACUGUGUACAGCACUCAGAUGGAGAAUGUUCUCUUGCAAUGAAACACAGUGAGUGUAAACCAGGAGAACAAAUAAAAACUCUAGGCACUAAAUCCUCAGACACAGUUUGUGAAGCGUGUCCAUCAGGAUUUUAUUCCCCUAAAGGUGUGAGAUGCUUUAAAUGGAAUGACUGUUCACUCAAUAAUGAGAUUGUGGAUGAAGAAGGAACUUCUAUUACAGAUGUUAAAUGCAAACGAUUAAGAAAGAGAUUUGGUCUUAUAGCAGCUUUUCUCAUAAGUGCAGUUCCUUUACUGUUAUUAUCUUCAUAUUGGAUGCACAGAGGAGACACAAAUAGAGAAUUAAAAGCCAUGAAGUCCAAGGAAAUCUGUAGACCUCAGAGGCAGAAUUGUGUCCAGGCACUGAUCUAGAGAAGAGUACAGAGAAGUUUCUGCAACAUUGAAGCUCCCAAUGAGCACAGUGACCUCCAUCAUCCAUAUCUGGGAAAAGUUCGAAACACCAGGACUCCUAGAGCGGUCAACCCGACCCAACUGAGUGAUUGGGUGAGCAGAGCUUUAUGCAGGGACGUGACCAGGAGGAGGAGAUCACUCUGAAAGAGCUCCAGCGUUUCUCUGUGUAGGAGAACCUUCCAGCACUUCACUAUUUAGGCCUGUAUGGUAGAGUGGCCAGACGGAAGCCACUUCUCAGUGAAAGUCAGAUGACAGCCCAUGUGAUGCCCACGAAAGUGUACCCACAUUGUGUAUUAGUUGUUUCUUUUGUAGUUAAUUUUUAUUAUACACUCUUUUUUUCAAGAUUUAUUUUUGCAUAACAUGUAAUGUUAAACAGUAACAUAUACAUGCAAUUAUACCUCUGCGCCUGUAGGGGGGGGCAAUGGGACUAGUUUGCCUAUGCAUCACCGGAAAUUUCUCUCAUAACUGAGAAAGAUUUAAUGAAGGCAAGCCACAGUUUCUGUCAUCCUUUUUGUUCUCCACUUUUCAAGUGGGUAAUAUGUUUAAAACUUAACCAAAGUUGUUGUUAUGACUUUGUGAACAUUCAGAGACACUUUUGGUGUUAGUGUAGAGAGUUUUUUCCACAAGGCUGGAUAAAUGCUAAUAAAAUAAAUGCUAAUGCUGUUUAGCAAAGGUAACGCGGCACCGCGCUAGUGUGGGCAAGUAGUACUUUAUGUGAGGUUUGUGUAGGCCACGUGCUUAUAUUUUCACGAGUCAAAAUGUGAUAUCA